AUGGCCGAUAGCGACAACCGAUCUGAUGAUAGAAUCAUCGCAGAGUCGAUUUGGGGGCCAUGCGAAUCAAGCCAAGAGAAACAUCUAGCCAGGUUCCUUGAUCAUUGCGCGCUGCAGCGGCUGUCACUCUCUGUCGACCAACCGAGGACGGGGGACUCGACAAAUGAGAUAGCAGGAGCCAUACGACUACUCCGAUCGAAGCCCGCAGUCCGGAAAGAUGAGAUUCUGAGCCGGAUGUCACCAAACCUGAGCAGACUGGCAUACCUAGAUUGUGCCGUCCGUACAAUGGUCAUGACGGAGUGCGAAUCGGAGGGCACCGCAGCUAUUGGGAGCGGCAACGUCCUUCGGUGGGCUGAGAGCGAGACAUUGACGGAUUACCUGGGCCGAAUCUAUCCCCAGUCAACAUCGAUGGACGUUCCUAAAGACCUCAUCGACUUCAAAAACCUCAGAUGUCACAUUCUAGCUAGGGACGCUGGUAUUAAGAUCCAACAAACAGAAAAGCUUUCUGAUCACCUGUACCUCAGACACAGCCCAGGGAGUAAGAUCCUCCUUGUUUUCUCUCACCGAGCAUUCCUCGAACAUAGCCGGGAGAGAUUGAGCGUAAUCCGCCAGGAUCUGAGCCACUCUACAGAUGAGGCAUUAUCAUUAGGAUGCCUACCUGCAAAGCUCAUCGAUGAGACAUUGAGAAGUUACAACCUCCUCUUCCCGCCCAUCGGAAACGCCAAAUCUAGGAAGCUCUUACGGGAAUGGGUUAAGCGUGAAAGACUAGACGAAAGCCUCUUGAACCCCUCCUUCGACCAUUCCAAGAAAGACCCUCCCCGGACUUUACACGAUCUCUACGAGGAUUUCCCAUACUGGGCCCCUCAAUUGGCCCGUCUGCUGGAAGAAGUCGAUGAUCCGACCCCGACGACACGGUGGGAGAGAUACGCAGAGCGGAGAAAGUCCCACCGGCACACAUACAAGUGCGCCAUCGCCGCGCUUGUAGUGGCUGCCGUAUCGGGGACGCUGGCGACAUUGUUGGCGGCAGUUCAAGUAUGGAUAUCGUACUGUGACUGGGACAAGAAUACCAACAAGACACUGUGUUAA